AAAUCGAUCGCUCUGCACUCUCCGACACCGAAGGGGAGUCGGAGACGAAGAUCGCCCAGUCCGUGAGUCGAAGAUUAUAUUGAGAUUUUAGAGCUAGGGUUAUGUAAAGAAUGGAGAAGGAAGUAAAGCAAUUGGGUGUGAGUAAGUCGUCUUCGUCAUCGUCAUCACCAUAUUCACGAUUGUCACCAUCGGCUAUACCUUUUAUCUCGAACCGCUGUCAGACCCAUCAAAAUUGGGGUUUCGGUCUGGAUGGUGACUUUACUUCUACUGGGUACGAUGAUUGUGAGUGUUUUGAUGAUCGGAUUGACCCACAAUAUUCAUUUUUUGAGGGUUCCUCUAAAGACUCCACCUUUCCGGCUUCAUUAACUCGUGAUUCUAGGAUCCUGUCCAAUAUCUCAUCCUCUCAUGAUUUGUUGUCUGCUGCUACCCUCAAAGAUCAUCAAAGUUUGCAAACAAACCCAGCGGCAAUGUCCUCAAGCAAUGGCAGUUCAAAAGUCGCUUCAUAUGACAGAAGAUAUUUUCAACUUAGUUGCCUUUCAAGCGCAUUGAAAGAUUCUAGUUCAUCUAAUAGUGAUAUAUUUCCCAAUCCUGUGUAUGGAUCUUCAAGGAUUAGCACUACUUAUCCUGCCCCAAAUACUUUAUCAAAGAAUGUGGAUUCUAAUGGCGAUGGUGCGGACAGAAACAAUGAGGAUUAUUUCAAUGGUAAGCAUUCUAAUCGAAAGGAACCUUAUGUCUUGAUGAAUGUUAAGGACAAUAAAUUCUGCCAGGAUGAAGUCCUGGUAGACUUAUGCAACGGGAGAAAGAAUACGAAACCUUUAGGUGAUGUAGCUAUGGGUCCAUUGGCCAUGGAAAAUGCUUGGCUGCAAAUCCCUUGUUCAAUUGCAAUUGAUGAAGUCUUGGUAGAUGAAUGCAAGGGCAGAAAGAAUGCCAAACCUGUAGGUGAUGUGGUGACGAGUCCACUGGUCAAAAAGACUGAGCUGCAAAUCACUGGUGCCAGUGUUCUUGAUGAUCUUUCUUUGAGGCCUCAUUGUUCUGAAACAAAGGUUCAUCUUGAAACUUCGUCCGUAAUGUCUGACCAGAAUGACUCUGAUGUGGAUUCACCUUGUUGGAGAGGGUUGGCUGCAACUCGAUCUAGAUUUGAAGAUUCUGGGCUGCGAAGCUCACAACUUGAAAAUGAAGAAGUUCCUGGUCCCGAGAUUUCACAACCUAAAGAAGCAUGUAGCAGUUUAAAUCCUUGGGCACCUCAGUUUAUUCCUAGCAUUGCUAAACGAAGUGUAGGUUAUUGUGGUAGUGAAAUUGGUGGAGAUAACACAGCAUCUCAGCAGAAUGUUUCUGACUUGGCAGCUACUUUAUUGCUUGAAGAACCAAGACUAGAAGGCUCUGUUACUGUAUUGUCAUCUCAUUCAGAAACAGGCAACAUGACAAGGACUUUUAACACCUGUGAACGAGAAAAGGAAUACACUAGGAAUAGAAACUCUAGUAGUAGCUCUAUGCUAGACUCUUCUUUAGUGUGUCAACCAUUACUUGUGGACGAUCACUUCAUUGCUGACGGCCUGCUUGCACCUGGGCCAGAUGGUGGAGGUUCUGUAGAGGGUGUCAAGGAUUCUUUACUUACUGAUUCCAAUAAUGCGUUGUUAUGUGCAACGGCAUAUGAGUAUAGUCCAGCUUCCUCUGAAGUUGUCGUCCCUAAAGAUUUCACAAAAGAAGUUCAUGGUGCAUCAAAGCUUUUUCCUGCACCUCUGCAACUUGACGUUCAAACUGCAGUCAACACAAUGCACAAUAUGUCAGAGAUACUUAUAAGACACUGUUUGAAUGAUUUGCAUUCUUUCAAUGAACAUGAGUAUGACAUAAUCAAGAGUACUAUUGAUAAUCUUAAUUUUAUAAUCAGAAGUAGGGAUGAGCAAAGAGCAGCGCCUCAACCAAGUCAUCUACGCGCUUCGAACAGUCAAAAAGUGACGACAGAUGUCCAAAAGUGCUCAAACGUGGAAUCUCAAGUGAUCAGGGAAAAUGUGAUGACUGCUUCACCUGAGCGUCUCUAUCAGGAUGAGCAUGCAAAGCAAAGGAAUUAUGCUCCUGCUUUGAUCCAUAAAGUCUUGGACUCUUGUCAUCCGAGCAUUAUUGGGGGCGUUAGAAAGGAUAAUGAACUCACUCAGGUUAUCAAAGAGUCUAUGGUAAAACCUUACCUAACCAAGGAAGAAACGCAACCUCUAGCUUUGUUGUACAGAGAUAUGUGGCUUGAGGCAUCAGCAGAACUACGGUUAACAAGGCCUGAAAAUGUUUAUCCAUUGUAAAUAUUUUCUGUCUUUUGCUGUUUAGUGAGUGGCUCUGAAAUCUAUGUUGUUAAUGAAGCUUAGAAGUUCAGUGGUUUCUCUAAUAUUGGAGUUGAUGAUUACUGGAAAUGCUUACUCUGUUGAUUUCUUCUUUAAACUGGACUUGCAUUUUGAAUUUCAAUAGUGUUCUGAGAGGCCCCAGUUAUAUUGUGCA